AUGACGGAACGCGUACCGGGCUUUUUCUAUGCGGACCAGUACUUGACCCAGCAAGGAGUCCGGUUCGACCACUCGAUACCGGCAACGCUGACUCUGUUUGCCACUAUUUUUGGUGUGGCCGCCAUUGAGAUUCACGCAAAAGACAUCUACGCUACAGGUAAUCUUGGACUCGCCAAGUCUGGAGUGUUUCAUGGCCAGCUGCAAUUUAACGAUGUACGUGACUUGACAGCAGCUGCCGGGAGGUACCAACUGGUAUGCCAACUUGUGGGCGAGGAUCUGUACGUGUACCUUGUGCAGCCGCCAAAUAUGGUUCCGCGCGGGGUUCUUACGGUCCAGGUGGCCAACAACUCUGAAGACUGUGAAUUUUCCGGGCUUAUUGAGUUUAGCUGA